AUCACGAAUACUCCACAUCAGGCGUUGGCGAGCCUUUUAAAAGCUCUGUGGCCCACGCUCACCUCAGCACUUCCAUCACCAUGAGGGCGACAGUGGCAGCUCUCCUUCUGUGUCUUUUGGUGGCAGCAUGCCGCAGCCAGGAGACUCCACCUGGCCCUCCUGGACCAACUGAAGGGCCACAACCAACUGGUCCUCCUGGACCACCAACUGGAGGUCCUGAACCAACUGGACCACCUACUGGGGGUCCUCAACCAACUGGACCACCAGGCACCCCUACUGGAGGUCCUGAACCAACUGGACCACCAGGCACCCCUACUGGAGGUCCUGAACCAACUGGACCACCAGGCACACCUACUGGGGGUCCUGAACCAACUGGACCACCAGGCACCCCUACUGGAGGUCCUGGACCAACUGGACCACCAGGCACCCCUACUGGAGGUCCUGAACCAACUGGUGAACCUCAGCCUACAGGCCCACCAGGGCCACCAGGGCCACCCUCUGGGGGUCGGUGGCUUUUUUGACUCUGAUGGUUGACAUUAUUGCAUCUGUGAAACGUCACGAGAAUUCAGCCAAGAUAUUUACAAUUAACUGGAUCUGACUUUACUGAUGGAAGUGUUCUGUGAAUCUCUUUGUAAAAAUUUUUUGUCAUUAAAUAAGCAUCUAAAAAUCUCCAUAAAUGUUUCCAUCUUCUGUAAAGUGUAACGAAUAAACUAUUGGGUCGAAAACUGUAA